AUUUACUUUUUGCCUAGUUUCCCUUGUAUUGGUUCAGCAUGCCGGCAAUCAUGAAGGGCUGGAUGGAUAGAGUCUUGGUCCAAGGAUUUGCUCAUGAAUAUCCAAACUGUUACGAUUCCGGUUUGCUCAAGAACAAAUUAGCCCUGUUUUCUUUCACCACUGGAGGAAGCAGAGAGAUGUAUGCAAAAGGAGGUAUCAGUGGUGAUAUUCGCUAUCUCCUGUGGCCCAUGCAGCAUGGAAUCAUGCACUUUUGUGGUGUCAAAGUCCUUGCACCUCAUAUCUGCUUCGCUCCGGAAUAUGUCUCUGAGGAGAAGAGGAAGGAGAUGCUGAUUGCCUGGGCCCAGCGUCUGAAGACUCUUUGGAAAGAAGAACCCAUAAACUGCUCUCCUGAGUGGUAUUUUAAGUAGUGUUCAGGUACAAGACUACAGAGAUAUUUUUUUUUUUCCCUCCAUUCUUUUUGGUGCUUUAUCUCAAUAUCUGAAUGCUAAUCUCCUAAUUUGAAUGUAUUAUAAGUAUCUUGAGUGCUACAGCUAGCCUUAG